UAUUUUGUAUUCCUCUGUUUUUUCUUCAGUAAUACUAAUUUUCCAAAUUGUAGUCAAUAGAAUGGAUACAGUGACCUACUAACUUUCACAGCAGGUGGCUAUCAUGCAGAUGUGGGAGGGACUGGAAGAGGAGUGAGCUGUUGUGAAUGAAGAAAGCAGCUCUGCAUGUGCUGCAGUGGCAUAGCAGUAGACUGUACGUGAGAGGAUCUUCAUUCAGCAAAAGCAUCUUGAAAACUAAGUGGUAAAUUAACAUAAUGGAUUUCUCCAAGCUACCCAAAAUACUUGAUGAAGAUAGAGAAAGCACAUUUGGUUAUGUGCAUGGGGUCUCAGGACCUGUGGUUACAGCCUGUGACAUGGCAGGUGCAGCCAUGUAUGAAUUGGUGAGAGUGGGCCACAGUGAGUUGGUUGGAGAGAUUAUUCGAUUAGAAGGUGACAUGGCUACUAUUCAAGUAUAUGAAGAAACAUCUGGUGUGUCUGUUGGAGACCCUGUACUGCGCACUGGUAAACCCCUCUCAGUAGAACUUGGUCCUGGCAUUAUGGGAGCCAUUUUUGAUGGCAUUCAAAGGCCUCUGUCAGAUAUCAGUAGUCAGACCCAAAGUAUCUACAUUCCCAGAGGAGUGAAUGUGUCUGCUCUUAGCAGAGAUCUCAAAUGGGAUUUUACACCAUGCAAAAACCUACGGGUUGGCAGUCAUAUCACUGGUGGAGAUAUUUAUGGAAUUGUCAAAGAAAACUCACUCAUCAAACACAAAAUCAUGUUACCUCCACGAAACAGGGGAACCGUAACUUACAUUGCUCCACCUGGGAAUUAUGAUACUUCUGAUGUUGUAUUGGAGCUCGAGUUUGAAGGUGUAAAGGAGAAGUUCAGCAUGGUCCAGGUGUGGCCUGUCCGCCAGGUUCGGCCUGUCACUGAGAAACUGCCAGCCAAUCAUCCUUUACUCACUGGCCAGAGAGUCCUUGAUGCCCUUUUUCCGUGUGUUCAGGGAGGAACGACGGCUAUCCCUGGGGCUUUCGGGUGUGGAAAGACAGUGAUAUCUCAGUCUCUAUCCAAGUAUUCCAAUAGUGAUGUGAUCAUCUAUGUAGGAUGUGGUGAAAGAGGAAAUGAGAUGUCUGAAGUCCUCCGAGACUUCCCAGAGCUCACUAUGGAAGUUGAUGGCAAGGUAGAGUCAAUCAUGAAGAGGACAGCUUUGGUAGCCAAUACCUCCAACAUGCCUGUAGCUGCUAGAGAAGCCUCUAUUUAUACUGGAAUUACACUAUCAGAAUAUUUCCGGGACAUGGGCUACCACGUCAGCAUGAUGGCUGACUCUACCUCUAGGUGGGCUGAGGCUCUUAGAGAAAUCUCUGGUCGCUUAGCUGAGAUGCCUGCAGAUAGUGGAUAUCCUGCAUAUCUUGGUGCCCGCCUGGCCUCUUUCUAUGAGAGAGCAGGCAGAGUGAAAUGUCUUGGAAAUCCUGAAAGAGAAGGGAGUGUCAGCAUUGUAGGAGCAGUUUCUCCACCUGGUGGUGAUUUUUCUGAUCCGGUUACAUCUGCUACUCUGGGUAUUGUUCAGGUAUUCUGGGGCUUAGAUAAGAAGCUAGCUCAGCGUAAGCAUUUCCCCUCUGUCAAUUGGCUCAUCAGCUACAGCAAGUACAUGCGUGCCUUGGAUGAGUAUUAUGACAAACACUUCACGGAGUUUGUUCCUCUGAGGACCAAAGCAAAGGAAAUUCUACAGGAAGAAGAAGACCUGGCAGAAAUUGUACAGCUUGUGGGAAAGGCUUCUUUAGCAGAAACAGACAAAAUCACUCUGGAGGUAGCAAAACUUAUCAAAGAUGACUUCCUACAACAAAAUGGAUAUACUCCUUACGACAGGUUCUGCCCAUUCUACAAGACAGUAGGGAUGCUGUCCAACAUGAUUGCAUUUUAUGAUAUGGCCCGCAGAGCUGUAGAGACCACUGCCCAGAGUGACAAUAAAAUCACAUGGUCCAUCAUCCGUGAGCACAUGGGGGAGAUCCUCUAUAAACUUUCCUCCAUGAAAUUCAAGGAUCCAGUGAAAGACGGUGAGGCAAAGAUCAAGGGCGACUAUGCUCAACUUCUUGAAGACAUGCAGAAUGCAUUCCGUAGCCUUGAAGAUUAGAACUGUGAUUUCUUUCCUCCUCUUCCUCAGCAAGUUCAUAUGUGUAUAUUUCUCUAAAUUUCUCAUCUCAAACCCUCCUUUUUUUUUUCUGCAGCUUUGAGACUAGUGCCUAGUGUGUUAUCAUUUGUUUUGCUGUUUAUUUGGUAGGUCUUAUAUAAUCCAAACAUUCCUUUGUUCCAGUGUUUGAAACGCUUCCCCAGUCUCUUAUCUGAAGUGGUGAAUGUAGUAAUAUGAUGUACAAUGGCUACACUACUGUAAACUUGUAUGUAGGGUGACAACCCUCCUUGUCUUUGGUUUGCCCUCUCCUCACCUCCAUUAAAUUAUAAACGGGACGACUGCAUGUACUCUCUUUGCAAUGGAUCUGGGAUGAAAGGCCAGGUUUCUAUACCUCUUGACAGGUACUUUGGGAAAUGGCUCAGUACCUGCGUGGGAAGGUCACUUGCAGCUUUGCUCAGUAAACGUGUGAUUAAUGUUCCAAUUGUACACUGCUUCCCUAGUAUAAAUCAGGAGUACUUAUGGGAAGCUGUUGGGAACUAUAUUGUUUCUAAAGGAGCACUUAUGAGACUCAGCAUUAUAGAUGAAUCAGUUCUCUCUGAAAAAGUGAUAAAAGAGCCAGGUGGUAAGACUUAGAUUAACAUCUCAUCAAAGCAUAUUUCAUUUCACUAGGAAAAAUUCAGUAUCAGGAAUUAUUAUAUACUGCAUUGCUAGGAAGUUCUCUUUUUUAAUUAUAUUUGAAACGAUCAUUGAAAACUUGACCCAUAUCACAUCCUCUUUCUUUUCCUCAAACAUCUUAGAAGCCUAAGCUUCUAAAAGUCAUAUGGCAGUGUGAUAGGCAGCAAAAUACCAUAGGAAAGACAUUUAGUAGUGGAUAAAGGCUUUUUUGCCUAUUUAAGAACCAGCUGAACUGUAGUGAUUGUUGGGGCCAGAGUGGCAUUAUAGCUUUACAAAGUAAUAACAUGUGUCAUGUGCUUGCAUGUCUUUUUGCUUGCUGAGUUUUUGAACAGUUUAUGAACUAUAGAACAUGACUACUUUCAUGGGGGUUUUUCCAGUCCUCUGGCUCGGGUUUCUCAGAACGUCUAUGGCCAGAGCGGCAUAACAGUUUCCAUUCUGUUUAAUAGGGAUGAAAUUCUUGUAUCUACUGGUAACAGAAACUGGGUCAUGUGGGAAGAAAAAGAUCAAUUUCGUCCUGUCUUUUAAGUAUAUGUUUAAAAAUAACUUCUGUGUUUGCCUAAUAAGGCACAUUGCAAAACAGCUCUGAGAGCAAGUUUCCCAUUAACUCUUUCUGACGGAUAGUGCUGGCACCAUUGCUUUCUCUUAGGGAAGAGGAAAAGAUAUGUGAACAUGUCUAAUAAUUCCAAAUAUGCAAAUGUAAUAACAUAAAUAAAGUAUUUAUUUUAUGCCUCAGUAUGUUAUUUAAAUUUUUAGGUAAUACAUUUCUUUUGUUCUGUUAAGGAUAGAUGCAGUCAGUAGAGAAUUCAGAUACAGUUUAGUGUAAAUCCUUGCAGGUUGCAUAUGGUUACAGUGGCCUGCUGUUCAGGAAAGAUAUUCUUCCAUAUAACUUUUUUUAACCUUUCAACAAUGUUGACAGGUAAAGAUUAUGCAAUGAUUUCUUGAGAUGUGGACUUAAUGGUGCUGCUCAAUCAGUUUGCUUCCAGUGUAGCCUCCUACAAGACGCACUUAGGCUAGUGGAAAUUAAACAGAUUUCAAAAACUUUCUAUUCCUACCUUAAACCUACCAGCAAACUAGAAUUUUGAUCAUAAUGAAUGAUCUGAAGAAAUUAGUUGACCAAGUUUUUUGUGUUGUUGUUCUGAUUUUGAGAUGUACAUUCUUACUUCUUUUAAGAAUGUUGCUGUAUGAGUGUGAAGAAGCUAGAGAAACAAUGCUCAGAUGUUCACUGUUCCCUUCACUUACAUGUUAUAGAAUUUUAGAUUGUUCACAGAUAGUGUUUCUUUAGUAAGAGUGUGUUAAUAUUACAGCAGUCUUUUAAAAAGAUUAUACAGUUCUGUAUUUAUUGUGCUGUGCCUGGUCCUAAGUGCAGCCAGUUAAACAAGUUUCAUAUGUAUUUUUCCAGUGUUAAAUCUCACACAUGUAUUCUUUGGAAAUUUUCUUCCAUCAUGAAGAGCAAAUAGAAAAGGUCAUAUACAUUG